AUGAAAAAGAUUAAUGAUAAUAAGAGUUCUGGCGGAAGAGUUGAAUUAGAAGUGAAUGAUGUUAAUGAGAAAUUAGCCGAAAAAGCAGACAAAAAUGAGCUUUUAGCUCUGAGUGAUAAAGUCAAGAACCACGUUCAUUAUAUAACUUCAGACGAACAGAUUAUAACGGACUACCAUGGAUAUUUAACACGAAGUGAUGAAGCGAAGACAAAAAAUGUUAAUGAAAGAAGAUAUAAAUACAUUUGUGCUAAAGGUUAUGACAUAAGCUGUACUGUACAGUAUGAUGUAGCUAAAGCACCAGAAGCAUUUGGUUAUACCGGUGAAAUUUAUGCCUCUACUUUCAAUGUUAACGGUGUAUUAGUUGAACCAAGAUUUACUUUGAGAGUUAAGGCAAAAAUAACGUUUGAAGAUGCUAUUAAAAGUAAAGCUGACAAAGUUGAACUCGAAGCAAUGAACAAAGUUUUGAAAUCUCAUAAACACAAUAUCUCCGAUAUAAAUGAACUUCAAGCUACAUUAAAUAGUAAAGCUGACAAGAACCAUACACAUAAAUCCUUCACUACUGUUAGAGCAGACGACAUAAUAUUGAACUAUACCCUUGGUUCAAGUGCACCUUUAGAGAAUCCGAGUACAAGCGUAAAAGAUACACUAAACUCCUUAAAUAGUAAAUGUAUGAACAUUGAAGGUCAUGUCAGAAACUUUGAAGCAUAUGAACUACCAGCAAUGUUAGAUAAGAAAGCAGACAAAACAGAGCUUCAAACAUUAAAGACUGAAAUACUUCAAACAUUAUAUCCUAUAGGCUCUAUUUAUACGUCAAUGAACUCAACAAAUCCAGCAACAGUUUUAGGUUUUGGUACGUGGCAGCAGAUUGUAGAUAAAUUCUUAUACUGUGCUAACUUUUCAAAGCAAACAGGAGGUUCGAAGAAAAUUAAAGAAGCAAACCUUCCACCGCACACUCAUACAGGAACUACAAACUUUUCUGGCGACCAUAGCCACUCAUUAAGAGACCACCCAUUAUACAACUCGGAGUAUGAAGCUGGCCAUGACGUUUUAUCUCCAUCUUAUAACAAUUCAGCAAAAAAGAUUUUUCGACCAACUGAACCAGGAGGAAAUCAUUCACACACUUUCACAACAAAUCCAACAGGCUCGGGUGAAGAUUAUAUGCCACCAUUUAUGACUGUAUUCGCAUGGUAUAGAGUUCAAUGA